AUUCCCGGAAGUGAUGCUCUUCGUCCUCGUGAAUCAGCUGAUGAUCAGGAAACUCGCUGAAUGUUGCAAACACUUUGUGUUGACCGCAAGCUGCUAAAAUCACAUUUUAUCAAUGGCCCAUUUAAAAGCGGAAGCGCAGGAAGAUGACAUUGAUCUUUAACUCUGUUUUUAACGGAUCAGUUCGAGUGAACGCGGUUUUGUGUUUGCAGUAGCUGCAUCAGAGGACAUCUGUUCAGAAUUGCCUAGUGAAGCUACAGCAUGGAUCCCUUGGGAGCUCGUUCCCAGUUUGUGGAGGUCCAGAACCUCCCCACGUGGGACCAGCCUCAGGGAGUCCAGGAUGAGGUGGAUGGAGAAAACUUCUUAAUGGAGGAAGAUGACCAACUAACCAAUCAGCUCUAUUCCUUAGAGUCCCCUUUCCCCUUCAGACAAGACAUCAACAGCAAGAUUGUACUAUUUAAUGGAGAUGUGGCACUUUUAAACUGCACUGCAAUCAUAAAUACAAGUAAUGAGACACUAACAGACAAGAACCCUGUAUCAGACAGUAUCCACAGAUACUCAGGACCUGAACUAAGGGAUGAAUUACUCAAACUGAAAGGAUGUCGGACUGGUGAAGCAAAAAUGACAGAGGGUUUCAACUUGGCUGCACGCUUUAUAAUUCACACAGUUGGACCUAAAUAUAAAGCCAAAUACCGGACAGCUGCAGAGAGCUCUCUUUACAGCUGCUACAGAAACGUCAUGCAGCUUUCCAAGGAACAUGCCAUGGCAUCUGUGGGUUUGUGUGUGGUCAGCACAGUCAAAAGGGCAUAUCCGCUGGAGGAUGCCACACAUAUAGCAUUAAGGACUGUUCGUAGAUUUCUGGAGAACCAUGGUGAAAACAUUGAGACGGUGGUGUUUGCUGUUUCGGAUGUUGAGGAGCCAGUGUACAGGAAGUUAAUGCCGUUGUAUUAUCCAUGCUCAAUAAAAGAAGAGAAGAUCAGUCUGCCUUUCCUCCCUGCCGACAUUGGUAAUGCUGAGGGAGAGCCCGUGGUCCCGGAGAGACAGAUCCGCAUUGCGGAAAAGCCAGGAAAUCUAGAAGAUGACUCUGGGGAUGACUCACUAGACUCCGACCUGGGGCUGGUAGGAAGUCAUGCGUUUGCUCGUAUGGAAGGGGAUGUGGAUAAGCAGCGUAAACUCAUCCUUCAGGGCCAAAUGUCUGAAGCAGCCCAGCAGAAACAGCACCAAAGGAACUAUAACCGCUGGCUUUGCAGAGCUCGAGCAGAGGACCUUUCAGACAUAGCAGCGUUAAAAGCACUAUAUCAGACCGGUGUUGAUUUGUGUGGUAGGACGGUCAUGGUUGUUGUUGGCAGGAAUAUUCCAGUAACACUUAUUGAUAUGGAGAAGGCUUUGCUGUAUUUCAUCCACGUGAUGGACCAUAUCACAGUCAAGGAGUAUGUGAUGGUGUAUUUCCACACACUCACCGCCGAACACAACCACCUGGACACCGACUUUCUCAAGAAGCUUUAUGAUAUUGUGGAUGCCAAGUUUAAGAAAAACCUAAGGGCUUUCUACUUCGUCCAUCCUACGUUCCGCACCAAGGUCUCUACUUGGUUCUUCACAACAUUCAGUGUAUCAGGCCUUAAAGAGAAAGUCCAUCACAUAGAGAACCUACAGCAGCUCUUCACCUGCAUCCUACCUGAGCAGAUUGACAUCCCUCCUUUUGUCCUGGAGUAUGACUCACGGGCUCUCUAGGAUGUAGGUGUGUCU